AUGGUGACAAGUGGUGCCGACGAAUUCAACAUCCGCAACCUCCUUGCCGGCCGAAUGCAGCAAGCUAAGGCUUCGGGGGCAGUGGGGAGCUCGACCCCUGCCCAAAUACCUGGCCCAGUUCAAGAUGACCGAAACCCGCCCAUUCCUGAGAGGAAGCGCCGAAAGGGGAAGAAGGGGAAGGAGGUUGCUCAUGGGGAGCCGAAACGGAAAGGCAACGAGGAGAGACCGGAGAACGCGGUCGGAACCCUUAAACCAUACUUAUUUUUGGAGAACAAUGUCAUUACAAAGAUUCAGGUUUUCUCCCUUUCUCUCUAUCUCUCUCUUUCCAAAGUUUCUUCUAAUUACAGCAAAAUUUCUUAUUUUCCUCUUAAUCACGACAAUGCCGUUGCCUCAUUCAAUCGCAUGCUCGAUAUGCAUCCUUCCCCGCCCAUCUUCCAUUUUGGCCACAUUUUAGGAUCCCUUGUCAAGAUGAAGCAUUACCCAACUGCUAUUUCCCUCUCUAAACAAUUGGAAUUCAAAGCAAUUACACCAGACCUUGUUACAUUGAGCAUCCUCAUCAAUUGCUUCUGCCACCUCGGUCACAUCAAUUUUGCCUUUUCUGUGUUUGCCAAAAUUCUCAAAAUGGGAUAUAAGCCAGAUGCAAUAACCCUCACAACACUCAUCAAAGGUUUAUGUUUUUGUGGUCAGCUUAGGAAAGCACUGCACUUUCAUGAUGACGCUUUAGCUCAAGGAUUUCAGUUGAACCAUGUUAGUUAUGGGACUUUGAUCAAUGGUCUUUGUAAAUCAGGAGAAACAAAGGCUGCCAUACAGUUGCUCAAAAGGAUUGAAGGGCAUUCAAUUAAACCUAAUGUGGUAAUGUACAGCACAAUCAUCGACAGCUUAUGCAAAAAUAAACUUGUUGCUGAUGCCUGUAAUUUGUAUUCUGAAAUGCUUGUCAAAAAGAUUUCUCCGAAUGUUGUCACUUUCAGUAGUUUAAUGUAUGGCUUUUGUGUUAUGGGUCAUUUCAAAGAAGCAAUUACAUUGUUAAAUGGAAUGAAAUUGAAAAACAUCAACCCAGAUAUUGUUACCUUCAACAUAUUGGUUGAUGCGUCAUGUAAGGAAGGAAACAUAAAAGAAGCUAAAAUUUUGAUAGCUGCAAUGGUAAAAACAGAUGUGGAACCUGAUGUUAUUACUUAUAAUACAUUAAUGGACGGAUAUCGCACAGUUAAUGAAGUGAAAAAAGCAAAGCAUGUAUUCAACUCUAUGUCCCAAAUAGGAGUGGCACAUGAUGUUUAUAGCUAUAAUAUCAUGAUUGAUGGAUUAUGUAAGAAGAAAAUGAUAGAUGAAGCCAUCAAUCUUUUUGAAGACAUGCAACGCAAAAAUAUGAUUCCUGGUACAAUAACUUAUAAUUCACUUAUUGAUGGUUUGUGCAAAUCGGGAAGGAUAACUGAUGUUUGGAAUCUUGUUAAUGAGAUGCAUGAUAGAGGUCAACCAGCCAAUAUAAUUACCUACAAUUCCUUAUUGGAUGCUUUAUGCAAAAAUGGUCAUCUAGACAGAGCAAUUGCAUUAUUCAAGAAAAUGAAUAGUCGUAGAAUUCAGCCAGAUAAGUAUACAUACACAAUACUUAUUGACGGACUGUGCAAAGGUGGAAGACUUGAGAAAGCGCAAGAAGUUUUUCGGUAUCUUUUGAUUAAGGGCCAUCAUCUGAAUGUCUGGACAUAUAAUGUUAUGAUCAAUGGACUCUGUAAAGUGGGGUUGUUUGAUGAAGCAUUAGCCUUGCGGUCAAAAAUGGAAGAGAAAGGUUGCAUCCCUGAUGCUAUAACUUUUGAAAUAAUUAUUUCUGCUCUAUUUGAAAAAGAUGAGAACGAUAAGGCUGAGAAACUGCUCCGAGAAAUGAUUGCUAGAGGCUUAUUGUAAGAGUUAAACUUGGUGAGAAAUGAUUGCUAGAGGCUUAUUGUAAGAGUUAAACUCGGUGAGAUGCUUUCUUGUUACUAAUAAAUAACUCAUUGAAAGCAAAAAGUAGUCAAUCA